AUGGUCUCGAAAACAAUCGGAUUGAACCCGAUGAAUCAGAACUCGUCUUACGUGACGGUGGAGUCAGAGACGCAGUCCAAUGGAAGAUUUCAACAGUCACUUUUUGAACUAAUACAACUGCGACAAUGGGACAGCGUUAAGAAUUACGUCGAAGAAAGACCAAAAUCGGUCUAUUCGAUGAACAAAAGCAAACGGAGACUUGCGAUUCAUGAACUUUGCCAGGCCGCGGCAAGUAUGUUGGACCCCGAUAACGAAGAGGAAUACUCAGACGAUGAGGAUGAUGAACCACCAGAAGAUGAAACACCGAGAGAGCAGAAUUUGGAUAGCCUCAAAUCGGACAACCGACAAAUCUGCGAACUUGUUCAGCUAGUCAUUGAUACCUCGUACAGGCUGGGACCGGCAAGAGUUGUGCCACCCGAGCAUGACAGUGAUUCAGAGAGCUCUUCAUCGGAAACGGAUGCCUCUGUUGAGAUUCAUGAGUCCAUUCUUACUGUCAAGGAUGGUGAACAAAAAACUCCACUUCACAUUCUCUGUGAGAACUCUGCUGACACACAGCUUAUGAAAGUACUUUUCAACGGAACUCGUGAAGCUAAUAGCCAAGCUGGCGCGCCUUCUGCCCAGGCCCUAAUUACUGCCACUGAUAGACGAGGUUGCACUCCAUUGCAUUACAUUGCCUACUCACGCGAAUGUCCAAUAUCCUCACUCAGAUUUAUGAUGGAUCACUGCGAAUCAACGCCAGAAAUUGAUCCUACAGUCUGUCAAGAUCCUGAUGGUGAGACCCCGCUGCAUUGGGCUAUGGAGGGAUACAUGUCAGCCAGACGAAUUUCAGAGCUCCUGCGGCAUAGCACUCGAGCAUUGCGGGUGAGAAAUAAUUCUGGGCACCUUCCUUUCGACAGGUUUGUAACGAACUUUGUAUCAUACAAUUGGCAAGAGCACGAAGUUGUGGCUCGAGAAGCGUGGGAUGUAAUGCAAUCGUAUUUGAAAGCUGCCAUAGGAUGGCGUGAAGACGCCGAUACGGUUUGGAUGCCACUCCACGCAGUUGCUUCAACUUCAUUUAUAUUGCCCACGAUAAUCUAUGAGAUGGCACUACAGUUUCAUCAAGAGGACCUGUCAAAAGCUGAUCGUGAUGGAUGGCUACCUCUGCACAGAGCUUGUGCACGAAAAUCGGAGGAAGACGCCGAGGCAAACUCAAAGUUAGCCGUUAGUCUCCUGAAAGUGUAUCCACAAGCAGCUUAUCGCCCGACAUUUGAUACAAACCAGCUUCCCCUUCAUGUUGCAAUUGAAUCUUCGAAUUCGUGGCAGCUGAUAUCAGCGCUUUUGGCAGUAUAUCCAAGUUCUCUAAACAUGAGCGACCCAACUACCGGGCUUUGGCCCUUUUUGGUCGCAGGAUCACGUGAUACCGAAUCGGUCCAGACGUCGUAUAAUCUUCUCCGAGCGGAUCCAUCAAUCCUCUGCGUUGCAUUGCGAAAUAUCGCUUCGAAAGAUGGUAUCCGUGCAUCGAAUGCAUUGCGCGAGCUGAAGCUUGGCGACUCUGACCACUAG